UCCAAGUCGACCUGCAUUGUAAGACUUUGCUGAUCGCUGGGUCGCCGCAAAAUAGUCUAUCAAAAGCGACAUUUACGCCUGUUUGCAGCGACCACGAACGAGAUUGGAAAGUGGCUCUCUCCGGCCAGAGCAAUGGCCUGGGGCCAGAAUGUGGACUUCGAAACAGGAGGUUGGUACGUUGCGCAGAAAUAUGGGGCCCACGGCAGCAAUCGGAAUGCAGAGCAUGCAGUCUCUCUCCUUUCAAGCCAUUGUGCCCUUGCAUCACCGCAAGGGCAAGAGGAUUCCUGGAGGAACAAGGGGCCACAUUGCGGGCCCGUACGUUGAGAUUCUCCAAUUGCUGCAGGCAUCAAGCAGCACGACAUGGCGGCAGCACAGCUGUGGCUGUUGUCGAUUCAGGGGGGGCCACUUCUCAAAAGAUUUUUGGGGAACUAGUGCAGCUGGGGCAACUCAGAAAGGGUCUCGAAUGCAAUGCGCCCAGGAUGCGAAAGCAGCAGCAGGGGCUGCUGGCACAGGCGCACAGAAAGAGGUACGGGUUCUGUUCCGCAUGUACGAGGAGGACUGCCGCCCCACCAACAGCUUCAUGGAAUUUGGUAUAUCGUCCGACGCUGACAUUCGGCAAAUACUGGACCUUAUGCAAUGGACCGAUGCCGUUGACAUCACCCCAGGCUCCCCCGCCGGCGGCCGGCUCGUCCAGAGCAUGGCCGACCUGCAACCGUACGGCUGGUACGACCGAAUAGAAACAUACCUAGAUCUGCAGCGAGUGCAAAGCCACGUGAAAACUGCCGGCCACGACAGCAGCACGCCAAUCCCGUUAGACCGCCUGCUCGGCGCGCGUUUCCCGGCGCUUACGACCGCCCCGCGCAUUUUCUACGAGGACCCGGAGCAGCACGCGCGGUGGCGGGACGCGCAAUCGGCGCUGACAGAGCUCGCGCGGGACGGCGGGGGGGGAACUAGCAUGGAGGAGACGAAGUCGCUGCUCGCGGUAAAAGACAGCGAGCGCGCGCUCGAGUUUGACAGCGUGGCGGUUAGUGAGGAAGCGGCCACGCUAGUGGUGGGGGACUUUGCGGAGGUGGGCAGCGUGACGGCGGUAGAGGCUCUGCGCGAAAAAGCGGACCGGCUGACGGAGCGGCCGCAGCUGGCGGGGGGGGCGGGGAAGGCUGUUGUGGCGGUGCUGUGCGUGAAGGGGUAUGAUCGAGGCAGCGGGGGUAAGCAGGGGCUUCUACGGUACGCGCAGCAACGGGACGUGCUGCUGGCGGAGCGGAGUCGUACGGGAGUUGAUACGAUGGUUGGGUAAGACCUCCCGCUACCAUCAGGUCAUUGAAUCGAGCUUUGCGGAUUGUAUACCAGUGGACACAUUCUCAAAAGACGGACACUGAGGAGAGCAGACAUGCUCCACGUUUGCAUCGUGUUUGCAGCAUGUUUCUGCCAGGCAGAUGAGUUCAGUCCAAUACGUCACGUACGUCCGAGCAACUAUAAACCCACAUUUAGUUCGCACCGUGCGGCUGAUCAUUUGCAUCUUUAAAGUUGAUUAGGAAGAUCGUGCAUAACUCGUCAUGCUAGUAAAAGAGCUUCAUGCACGUCGGGUUAGGCGGCUAGAUGUAUACGUUCAUUGCGUUACAUGUGCGCGCGGCGGCAACUAAUCAAGGCGCCACCUGAACGCGUGUUAGAUUCGUAUAUUGAAUUACCAAACUUCAAUAUUAGUACAUAUAAGGUUUCGCGUCGGCCAAAAUGGCUGAGCGCUCAUCUCCGGUCC